AUCUUGGAUCAAAAUUGUUGGUUCUCAUACAAUCGAGAGGAGUUGCAGACAUGGCUGUUGUUUCUUCUUCAUCCUCUUUUCUCUCCUCUCUGGCCUUAAACCUUCCUUCAUCAGCUCUAUCUUCGCAUCCACGCAUCCGUUUUUCCUCUACCCUCUUCUCCCUUUUCCCCUCUUCUUCUCCUUCUUCUCUGUCAUCUUCUCUCUCCAUUUCUUCUUCUUUUCUCUUCUACCCUGUGAGCUGCAGGCGCCCUUCUGUCUCUUCUUCGUUCAGUGUCAAGGCCAGUGCGGAGAAGAAAAAGGUUCUUAUUGUUAACACCAACAGUGGCGGCCAUGCAGUCAUCGGGUUCUACUUUGCAAAAGAGCUUCUGUCCUCUGGUCAURAUGUCACAAUUUUGACGGUUGGCGACGAGAGUUCUAAUAAGAUGAAGAAGCCUCCGUUCAGCAGAUUCUCUGAGAUUGUAAGUGCUGGCGGACGGACAGUGUGGGGAGACCCGAGUGAAGUGGGCAAGGUUGUUGGUGGAGCAGCCUUCGAUGUGGUGUUGGACAACAAUGGCAAAGAUUUGGACACUGUCAGGCCAGUAGCAGAUUGGGCCAAGAGUACUGGUGUUAAGCAAUUUCUGUACAUCAGCAGUGCUGGAAUUUAUAAGCCAACUGAUGAGCCUCCUCAUGUUGAAGGGGACGUUGUAAAGGCUGAUGCCAGUCAUGUUGCAGUGGAGAAAUACAUUGCAGAGGUUUUCACUAAUUGGGCAAUAUUUCGUCCACAGUACAUGAUAGGAUCUGGAAACAAUAAAGACUGUGAAGAAUGGUUCUUUGAUAGAAUUGUUCGGGACAGACCAGUUCCUAUCCCUGGCUCUGGAAUGCAACUAACCAACAUUGCCCAUGUUAGAGAUUUGUCCUCUAUGCUUACUCUGGCUGUUGAAAAUCCAGCCGCUUCAAGUGGCAAUAUUUUCAACUGUGUGAGUGACCGUGCUGUGACUUUGGAUGGUAUGGCCAAACUCUGUGCUCAAGCUACAGGCCGCCCGGUCAAGAUUGUGCAUUACGAUCCAAAAGCUGUUGGAAUUGAUGCAAAGAAAGCAUUUCCUUUUCGUAACAUGCACUUCUAUGCCGAACCAAGAGCUGCCAAGGAUAUACUGGGGUGGAAAUGCACCACAAACCUUCCGGAGGACUUGAAGGAGAGGUUUGAUGAGUAUAUAAAGAUUGGUCGUGACAAGAAGCCAAUGCAAUUUGAGCUUGACGAUAAGAUACUAGACUCCCUUAAAGUAGCAGUAGCUGUGUGAGGUGUAACCUCUGAAAUUUUUGUAUUUUCCUACUGUAUAUGAAUUUAUCAAUAACAAUUUGUAAACUUUUUGUUUAUGCAGACAACAAGAGAACACAAAAUACAAGUAUAAAUUAUUCCUAUAGCCACACCUAAAAACAAGUGAAGAUCAAUCGGGCAUCUUCUUUUGUAAA